AAUCCACACCCAUAUCCUGUCUUCUCUCUCUGCUCCUCUCCAGUCUCUCCCAUUUAGUAAGGAAGAGGAAAAAAGUAAUUCUUUAAUCUCUUGCAGUUUUCUCUCUCUCUUUGUUUCCUUUGGGGCUGCUAAAGUUUCUUACUUUCUUUCUGAAACUCUGAUAACACAAAAACCCAACAAUGGAGAAGGCCUUUCCCCAUCUCCUUCCCCUUCAGCUUCUGCUUCUGUUUGUCCUCCUUCUGCUGGGGAAACGGUGUCGUUCCCUCUCUCCUCUGUAACUCUCUCAGUCUCAACCCUGUUUUCUUCUUCAUCUACUACAUUUUCCUCAAUCUCUUGGAUCCACAUUGCUACUUCAAAUUUCAGUAGGAAUGUGCUCUUUUGGCUUUGUUUGAAGAUAAGAAGCACUUUUUUUGGAAGUCAGAGAAAGGGGGAAUUAUAAACUGUCCAAAUGGAGCAAUAUGAAAUAUUGGAGCAAAUAGGGAAGGGAUCCUUUGGUUCUGCUCUUCUUGUGAGACAUAAGCAUGAAAAGAAGAAGUAUGUGUUGAAAAAGAUCCGUCUUGCUCGUCAGACCGAUAGGUCCCGUAGAUCUGCACACCAAGAGAUGGAGCUCAUAUCUAGAUUACGAAAUCCAUUUAUUGUGGAGUACAAAGAUUCUUGGGUCGAGAAGGGUUGCUAUGUGUGCAUUAUUAUAGGUUAUUGUGAAGGAGGAGACAUGGCUGAAGCAAUAAAAAAAGCGAGCAGCGUUCAUUUCCCGGAAGAGAAGCUAUGCAAGUGGUUAGUUCAACUUCUGAUGGCACUCGAUUACUUGCAUAUGAAUCAUAUCCUUCACCGGGACGUUAAGUGUUCGAAUAUAUUUUUGACUAAAGAUCGGGACAUACGCCUUGGUGACUUUGGACUAGCAAAAAUGUUGACAUCAGAUGAUCUCGCCUCCUCCGUUGUAGGAACUCCGAGCUAUAUGUGUCCGGAACUUCUUGCUGAUAUACCUUAUGGUUCAAAGUCAGAUAUUUGGUCUUUAGGAUGCUGUAUAUAUGAGAUGACUGCUCUAAAGCCUGCAUUUAAAGCAUUUGAUAUGCAAGCACUUAUCAACAAAAUUAACAAGUCCAUAGUGGCUCCUCUUCCAACAAAAUACUCUGGUGCAUUUCGAGGUCUCGUCAAAAGCAUGCUGCGCAAAAACCCAGAACUUCGGCCGAGUGCUGGGGAGCUACUUGGUCACCCUCAUUUGCAGCCUUACAUUGUUCAGAUUCACCUCAAACUGAAUAGUCCGAGACGCAAUACAUUACCAGCGCUCUGGCCCGAACCCAAUUAUAUGAAGAAGACGAGGUUUUCGGAGCCCUUGCCCAAUAAGCGACAUUCUUUAAGCAAUGAUCGAGCUAUAAAUCCAAGUGUUUCUGUAAUAGAGUAUGAUUCUCUCAGCUCAACACAGGAGAUACAUGAUACACAAAACUACGCAAGUUGCAAACCCUCUGCUGGUGGCAACCGUGGGGGAGCAGGGAUUCACAAAACGCCUUCCAAGUCUGAGCCUAAUGCUAAAACUUCACGUCUUCUAUCAAAAGCUUAUGUGACUCCGAAAAAAUGGGCAGAACCAUUGAAAAACAACCGAAAGUUGCUUCCGGUUUCAUCUACUCCGAAUAAAUCUCAUGUCCGUCGAGCGUCUUUCCCAUUGCAUACAAAAGCUGCCACUGAUCAAAGCCCUUGCAGACAGGAUGUCGGUAUUCUUCAUCAUAUCAAAUCCCCGGAUGUCUCAGUGAACUCUCCUCGAAUCGACAGGAUUGCUGAAUUCCCUCUAGCAUCAUAUGACGAUACUUUUCUUCCCGUUCGCCGAGCUUCGCUGCCGUCCAUGCAUGGAUCAACCAGCUCCUUGCAGCACAUCGAUUGUUCUAUAACCAAAGACAAAUGUACGAUCCAAGUUUGUGACAAGGUUUGUUCAACUCCUGGUUACACCAACGCAUGGCAGGGUAUUCAAUGCAGCUUAUUUCAAGACGACCGAGAGGCAAGAAGUGAUUCCUCCGAUCAGAAUGCAACUGCCGGGGCAUCAAGCCAUACCUCAUCCGACUUACGGCGAUGCCAUUUCGAUACAUCGUCGUUACACCAGAGAGCUGAGGCUUUGGAAGGGCUGCUCGAGUUUAGUGCGAGAUUGCUGCAGCAGGAGAGGUACGAGGAGCUUGGGGUGUUGCUGAAGCCAUUCGGGCCCGGAAAGGUCUCCCCAAGGGAAACUGCCAUCUGGUUGAGUAAGAGCUUCAAAGAGAACACUAUCAAGCAGGAAACGUAAUCGCUCUCGAUGUAUGAUAGCAUAACUGCAAUAGAAUUUCUUAGCAUAUGAUCUAGAGUCGGGGCAUUUUCUCGAGAUAUAAUUGUCACUUAGGCAGAUACUGAGAAGGAGAUGAAAAUAUCUUUUUAUUGUAGAUUAAAAUUCUUUUAGUUUGACAGACGAUGUAGCGAGUGGCGGUUAUUUGUUAUAGUUUUAGCUCAUUAGUAGUAGCUGAUAUGCAACAUAUCUGUUGUAGGAAUGUAAAUUUACAGCAGUUCAGAUAGGUAAGAUGGUCUCAGUUUUAGUGGCUGUUCUAUUGUUUCGAGUAGAAAUGAACUCAGAAUGGAUAAAUUAGGAUUUUGUU